AGACUUCUCUCCCCAACCCCUGAGCUGCGAGAGAGAGGAAAGGGCGAAAGGCGGUGUGUGUUCUGUUCAUUCCCUUCGUUCGGAGGCGGAGCCGAGGAGACGGCCGGCGGCGACCACGAUGGGCGGCGGCGAGGGCAAGUCGAGGAAGCGCCGCUCUUCCCCCUCCUCAGGGGAGGAAGAUGAGAGGGAGCGGAAGAAGAGGCGGGACAAGAAGGAGAGCAGGAGGAGCGGCCGCGACGGCAGGGGCAGCGACGAGGAGGAGGAGAGGCGGAGGAGGAAGAAGAAGCACGGCGACAGGGGCAAAGACAAAGAGAGGGAUUCGAAGGAGAGGCGUUCCAAGGAGAAGGAGAAGAGCAAGCGAAAAGACAAGGAUGCUCCAUCGCUAAAACAGGACAUCAAAGAAAUAUCCAAGGACGACUACUUUGCAAAGAACAAUGAGUUUGCAACCUGGUUGAAGGAAGAGAAGGGCAAAUAUUUCUCCGACCUUUCUUCAGAGUCUGCCCGUGAUAUCUUCCUCAAGUUCGUGAAACAAUGGAACAAGGGGAAGCUGCCAUCGCAAUACUACGUGGGCAUCACCACUGGGCCCCGAUCAGCACACAACUGGAACAUCAAGAAGGCAUGAGAAGGCUUGUCUCCCUUGUGGCCUGCAGUUCGGGUGCCUUGCGUUGUGGGGUUUCUUGACGAAACUGCUAUACCAAAUGCUUGUGCCACUUGUUCCAUCUUUUAGGUUUCUGAUCUAAACCUGGAUGAACAAUAGUUCAGUAUCGCUGUGUUUAGCAUUGAUGUUAGUCCUGUUGCCAACGUUCAGUGAAAAGAUUCUAGCAAACUUGUUGCUGUAUGGAAAAGAGCUGGUAUUCAGGUGAUUAGCCCCACCACCACAUGUCCAUGUUCUUCUGCCUUUUUUGAUGGGUCUUCUGUAUAACUUCGAUAUUCUUGCUGUAAACUGAAGAUUUUCACUGUUAUGAAUUAGUCUGCCGUAUUUUGGAA